AGGGUUGUUACGUAUGAUGUCAAGCUCGCGUCAUACGUCAUCUCAAACUCGAACUAGCUCUAUCUGCACAGGCAUACUGUAGUGAUUUCCUUUAUCGAGGCAAAAAUCGAGAUCCCAUUUUUUCGCUAUGGUGUAUAUGACACCUCAGCCGCGUGUCGCAAAAAGGAAUACCCUUAACGGAACGUCAUUGUCACACGCGUGAUCUAAAUCUACGCUUCUUUCAGCCAAGCUAAGUGUCAUUAGCGUCUGCUAGCGGCCAAAAGCUAACUUUGCGUUAGCACUUUAGCCUGGCUCGCUAACCAGUGACAACCAACAAAGAUUCUGAAAAUCCUGGAAGAUGUGAUCUUGGAAUUACAGCAGUGAAGACAAUCUCAUUAUCACCGUUACCAACCAGCAGAGUCUUAAGCUUCUGUUUCAUUCAUUAGACAACUUUUCAGCAUUCAACGUGCGAUUUAGGUGGACAGUGUUCUCUGCACCUGAACCAUGUGAGGCCCCCUCAGUCCAGUCUGAGGGGAUCCCAGGACUGUUCGUGCAACCCUGCUGUGCGGGGUUGGACUGAUCCAGUUUGUGCUUGACAGAAAGAGUGGUUUUUUUCAGUUGCCCCCCUCAACUGAGGAUAAACGCCAUGAUGUUCCGAGACCAGGUGUCUGUCCUCACAGAUUGGUUUAAGGGCUGGAACGAGUGUGAACAGACGGUGGCACUGUUGUCCCUUCUGAAGCGGGUGUCGCGCACCCAGGCUCGCUUUUUGCACAUCUGCCUUGAACACUGGCUAGCAGACUGCACAGAGAUCCAUAUCCUUGAAGCUGAGGCCAACAACGCAGCAAUUGUCAGUCAGUGGCACCAAGAGUCAAAAGAGAAGGUAGUUUCCUUGCUGCUGUCCCAUCUGCCGCUAUUGCAGCCACGCAACAGCGAAGCCAAAUGUGAGUAUAUGAAGCUGCUGCAGAAAGUGUUGAGUCACACCAUUGAGAGCAGCCUAUUUGUGGAAGAAAGCAGACAGCUGCUGUCCUACGCCCUUAUCCACCCUGCCACCACUCUGGACGACCGCACCUCUCUGGCUAUGUGGUUAAACCACCUUGAAGAACACUUAUCAAGUGGCUAUACGCCACGGGCCCCCUCCAGCCCUUACCACCCACGCCAAGGCUCAGAUGAAUGGCCGAGCUCCGCUGAAGCUUUGGACCCAGGCCAUGCCUGGCAAGACAAGUCCCCAUCCUCCAGCACGUCUCCAGCAGGCCAGAACGGACACAUGCCGUUCCCAGGUGGGAUGUCCUCUCCCAUCAACAGCAAUAACCCAGGUCUGACAGGGCAGAUGCAGCCAAGCCCUUUAAAGUCUAUGUCCACUAUUCCCUCUAGUCCACAAGCUUGUGGCUCUGAGUGGCUCAGUCAGGAUGACCCAGGAGGACGGCAGAACUUCCUUCCAACUGAUCAUGCGCCUCUCUCACCUCAAAGCAGCGUAGCUUCAUCAGGCAGUGAGCAGACAGAAGAACAGGGAUCCACUCGUAACACUUUCCAGGAGGAUGGCAGCGGCAUGAAAGAUGUUCCUGCAUGGUUAAAAAGUCUGCGCCUUCAUAAGUAUGCAUCGCUUUUCUCCCAGAUGACCUACGAAGAGAUGAUGAUUCUCACAGAGCAGCACCUUGAGUCACAGAAUGUCACUAAAGGAGCACGACAUAAAAUUGCCCUAAGUAUUCAGAAGCUGCGGGAAAGGCAGAGUGUGCUUAAAUCUCUAGAAAAGGAAUGUCUUGUCUUUUGCCAGGAUAUUUUGGAAGGAGGAAACCUUCGUAAUGCCCUUCAGGAGCUUCAGCAGAUCAUCGUCACACCCAUUAAGGCUUACAUCCGACCCACUGCUGCUCAGCCUGCCGUAGAGACGGUGUCCUCUUCUUCAGAAGGCACGGAAACGGGAGCAGAUAAAGAUUCUGUGUCAGAGGGCUAUCAGUCGCAUAACCCACCUCCCUGUGACGGAGACUCCUCGGCCACGCCCAUCUCAGAGGGAGACAUCCCUGGGCAGUUCACACGUGUCAUGGGAAAAGUGUGCACACAGCUGCUGGUUUCCAGACCAGAUGAAGAGAACAUAAGUUGUUAUCUUCAGCUCAUUGAGAAGUGUCUAACACACGAGGCUUUUACCGAGACUCAUAAGAAAAGGUUGGUUUCCUGGAAGCAGCAGGUUCUCAAACUGCUACGCCUGUUCCCUCGCAAAGCUAUGAUGGACAUGCCCAUGUACCGACAGAAAGGUUGGACGUACGGGUCCAACUCCCUUCCCACAGCAGGCUCUGUGAGCGGGGCUGCUGUGCGGCGAGGGCAGAGGCAGUUUCAGAUGACCCCUCGUGGACUUCCAGCUGCACGCAUCAAUCUUCUGAGUCCUGGUGGGAUUGGAGGAACAUCUCCACGCCACACACUAACCAAUCCUGUGCUGGCAGGCCAGGGUAGACAGAACUUGUGGUUUGCCAACCCUGGGGGUAGUAACAGCAUGCCAAGCCAGAGUCGCAGCACUGUGCAGCGAACCCAUUCACUCCCCGUACACACCUCCCCUCAAACCAUGCUCAUGUUCCAGCAGCAAGAAUGCCAAGUGCCAGGUACUGACUUGGAAAUCAACCCCACGCUGGAGUCACUCUGCCUCAGUAUGACAGAGCAUGCCUUAGGAGACGGGUCAGACCGGACAUCAACAAUAUGAACAUAAGAAAUAAAAAGUCCACCUCAUGUGAGACCUGACCAGAUCCUUAUAACCCAGCACAAAGAUGAAACAUAUGCUUCGGAUAACCAGGCAGAACAGUCACUACAAAAUGGAAAAAAAAAAUGUGUAUAUGUUCUAAUAUUUUUGUACUUUAUUGUAUACAACUAAGUUUAAAAUAGAAUACAGAUGAUUAUUAUAUUACAGUACAGGGAAAAAGUAAAGGUAAACUGUGCAAAUUGCUCCAUGUCACCUGCAGGACUGUGACAUGAAGUAAAGAGUUUCACUUUUCCCCAGUCUGGCAGGAAAUGUUCGGUCGGUGCUGUUCUCAAGGGGUUCUGCCCAAUAACAUAGGUUUCUUUAUGACUCCCACCUUGAAACAAGCUGUUGUACCAAGAAAACACAACAAAGUGUGUACACUUGUAAUUUCCCUCCAAAAGUAAGACCCUCUUUGAAAUUAUUGUUGAUAUUAGGCACUAAUUUUGACAUGUAGGCUGGGGAUUUAACAAGGACCCUAUCCUAAACAAAAACCAGAUUUGUUCUACAACCAGCGCCAGAGAAAGCCUGUGUUGACUCAUUGGUUCUAUAAUUUAUCUCAAGAUAAUGUUUUUCUGUUGCUGCCAAGGCAAAGCAAACAGCAUUUAAAAAAGGGUCUUAUUUUCACUGAAUCUCGUAUCGUAAAAUCUUGUAUUUUGGUUGAUAUCCUUGAAGAUGUAGUCAAAGGAAAAGUGACUGUCCUCAUCUAAACUUCUACAAAGCCAAAGAGAAAGGGUUUCUUCUCCUUAAAGCUGCAGUGUGCAACUUUUGUCUGUCAAAUUUGUCUGUUUUCUUUUUCAGUUCGGUCUCAGCGCCACCUGUCAUAGGAAGAUAUGUCUAAUUCUAAAUGUACUUUGUGCUGGAAACAUUUAUUUAGUAGCUGAUCAUAACAUGGUGCAGAAAAAUGUAAGAGUCAAAUCCAUUUACUUUUAACAAUUACAUUUGGGUUUUUUGUGUUUGGAGCAAAAGUGCAAAUAUAACUGCAAAGAUGGGAAAUCCAGUACAUUUCAGUUUUAGUGUCAGUGACACCUAUGUAUUUCAAUGAGAGCAUAAAUAAAGUAAAAAAUAAAGUUGUAAAAUUGGUCCUGUGAGUAAGGGCUGCAACUGAAGCACUAUAAUAGGCUACAUAUGAAAUCCAGAGUCUUGCUUUAGCCUUUACUAAUAACCAGUUCAGUGCUCGGCUGGUUUUGGGAGUAACAAAGCGUGGUUUAAGAAUGAGGUUGAUUCUUAAUCAGAACCAAGAAUUAUUUCACAGAACCCUGGGUACAGUCACAGUCUUUGACUGUUCUCCCGUGGAACAUAAUGUCAGUUUGUUACAACUACAUAUUGAUGAAACCUUGACAAUGUAGGUUAAAAGUAAAUGGGAAAAUGCUGUUCAAGUUCAACACCACUGUCAGGUAGUUAUGUGGCCAGUGUCCAACUGGGGAUUCAAACCUUAAACCCUUCAAAAACGUUGCUUCCAAAAGCAGUCCAAUCUGUUACAGUUGUGUUCCUGGACCUCUCAUUUACCUGUUAUGUCUGUGCAGCUUAUGGGUUCAAAAGGUGCCCUCUACUUGUACUGUUCAGUUGCUGCACCUUUAGCACGCCUUGGCAAUGGAAAUUACACUGACAACGUUCAAACCGACUUCAUAUUGCAUUCUAAAGUUUUAUUUUCCUGUAGCAUUUUAGCCACUUAACUCCUAGCACAACAGUGCUCUUGUGUUUCAUCCUUGUUUUUACAGCCUGGACAUGGAAACGGAAAUAUUUCCUUCUCAAAGUGUGAAAAAAUCUUUAAUUACGAAAACUGAAAGUCUAUGGAACAUUUUUUUGGAAACACAUUGGAAUGUAGUUUAAAAGGUGACAUUCAUUUUAAUCCAAAAGAUUCACACUGCAGCUUUAAUAUGAGAAGUAACGAGAAAGAUACAGAAUGGUAUACUUAUGUUUUUUUUAAUGCAGUUUGAAGAAUAUUUGUCAACUGCAAUUUUUCCCUGUUUUUUUUUGUUUGUUUGUUUGUUGUUGUUUUUUUUGCCGUACUACAUAAAUGAUGAUGAAUCUCAUUUUGUGCCAAGGAAUCCCUGUUGUGAUAAAAGGCUGCUGUUGUUUGUGCUGUGCAUGAGCUGUUUUGAUAUAACAUUAGACAAGAGUGGAGUGUUUGAAAUAUUCACUCUCUUACUAGGUGAGCCUGUGGGCCCCCUCGUCAACGGCUUUGAGAAAACAAACGUUGACGUAGAGGUGGUGAAAUGCUCAGGUGCACAGCACUGCUCGCCCUCAGAUGGCCAAAGUGAUGAUUUGAUGACUCAUUCUCUCAAGGUGCUUGACAGUGUACACAUUUUUUUGUUUGUGUCUCGACGUGUUUCAGUCUCAGUACCUGAACAUUAUCAUGUGGUUGUCAGUGUUGAAUUGAAAAAGUCUUAUACAGCCUCUGUCUUUGAAUGUGGCAGAGCCAGCCUGGUGGUGCGUGUUCUGUGAAAUAUGCUCCUAACUUUGCGAAUCACUCAUGAGGCAGGGAUAUACACUUUCAUUUUUAUGCCAUCGCAGCCAUAGGAGAGCAUUCUUGUUUUAGAAAUGAUUCUUCACAAAUAUCUUUUCCUCUUUUUGUUUUCCUCUCCUUUGAUAUUGAUGUUUUGCUUAUUUUCUAUAACCCAGCACUGUUAGAGAUAGACAGAGUUUGGUGGCAGAAAUCUUGCAACUUAAAUGGUUGUUUAUAACACCUUACUGUCACUGUUUACAUCUGUCAGUUCAAGUAAUGUGAUGCUACGAAAUCUUCCAUCUCACAGUUUAAAAUGGUUGAAAAAACAGACCUAAGCCCUCUGACAGAAACGUUGGUUGGGUAGACUCUGACCAGGGGUGUCACUUUUGUCCAAGUUUAGAUAUCAGUUUGCAAAAAACGACAACAACAAAAAGAGAGUUUAUACUUCAUGUAUUGAAACUUUCCAGUACAACUACAUACACGAUAAAUGCAGAACUUCAUGUCAUCUGUUGGGGGUUGCUGAGAGAUCAGCUUGGAUGUUCCCUUUGCUUAUCAGUUAAAGAAGACAGUGAUCCUAUAAUUGUUAUUUACAGUUUACAGCUAAAGCUUAACAAUACUGGGAUGAAACGAUCUGCUUCUUAACUACAUUCUACAGAACUUAAAAUCGUCCUUUUCCUGAGCUGCCAUCUCUAAUUGGUCAAUUGUUACACAUCAUUUCUUCUGAGACACCAUGAAUGUGUGCUUUGUUUUAUUGAGAUAAAAACUCAUUGGAUUUAAACACAUGACCACAUUCUUUUCAUUAAAAAAAAUCUCCAUUUCUAUUAACCAUACCUUAUUCUUAGUAAAGAGAACAACAGGACCCGGAAUCCCUAGUUUUUGCACAUUAUUGUUACUUUUUGACACUUUCUUCUGCCUACUAGUGCAAAUAUCCUGAUCGUUGUAAGGUACGUCACGUAAAAUUCAUUGAAACUUGUUUGUUUUUUUUUCUCUUGGUAAAGUGACAGUUCUGACCAUUUCUACCCUGACCUGCAAAAAUGGACAUCUAUUGAGUCUAUGAAGGUUUUUUUUUUUUUUUGCGAGGGGUUCAAAUGACACCUGACCUUUUCUUCAUGCAUGCAUGUGAUUAAACUGUUUGCUGUUGUGUCCCCCAAAAAAUGUGCAUGUAGUUGUGCCAGAAAUGCCAUACGAUCCAGAUGUCUCACUAAGGUGGUCUUGAGUAGUCGUGGAUUUCUUCAGAGCAGGCUCUUGGAUUGAUCUGACUUACUGAAAGCAUCACACUCCUGUCCACACAUGGCUCUGUUAAUACUUUUAAAACCUCUGUAGUUUAGGCACAGUCUACUGAAAUACACAGGGGUACCGUUGCAACAGAUUUCUGUAGAGUGGCAGCAUAGGGUGAUGAUGCUUAUCUGAGCCACAAAUGGUGUGAUUGUGAGUAAACUGAACACUAACAGGCCCAGGAUACGUUUACACCAUGUUUACAUUCCAGUGACACAUGAGACUGAGUAAGAGAAAUGCACUUCAUUUUACCCUGGUGUAUUUUUUUAACACACACAAGCUUCCACCGGGUGGUACAGAGGGUGCAUGGUAAAUUGAUAUACCUACCAAGUGGCUCGGAGAUCACAUCCAUGUCCCUGCCAGGCUUAAACAUUGAAUUAAUGCAGCCAGCUGCAGGCUAUGUUACAUAUGUUUGUCUUGUUAAAUUUCUAUUUAAUUCUAAUGACUUCCCAUCUAAUAUUUUCUAAUAUUUUAUGAACCUUUUGCAUCCCAUGCUUACACUCUACUUUUUUUACUGUUGUGAAUGGUCUAAGUGCAGCAUCUGCCAUUUUGAGAGUCCAAAAUAAAAAGAAAGGUUCACUUCUUUGCAA